GAUGCGCGAAACGCUGACGCUGACGUGCAGCCUGUCAAGCGGUAACUUCUUCACUAAAACCGCCGGAAACCAUUUUUUCCGAGCCCAGCGAAAAACGAAGCUGUCGCUGCGCAGGUCGCAAAGAGCAGCAAAAGAAAACCCAGCUACGGAGUAACAUAAAAUCAAAACCACAGGCGCAUCAUUCCGCUUUGAUUGGGCUUGUUUUCUCCGGUGGCUGCUAGACACUCUCAAUUGCACCAUCGCACUCCCUUUGUCGACCCCUGCCGUUCGGUAGCAGAAACCAACUUAUCCCGGCGACCCCGGCUUUGCGUUCCCUCCCUCAGACGGUGGCUAAAACUCGAUCCUGACCUCGGUCCAGCCCGCUUCAGCUCUUCCCCAAUCAUAAACAAACAAGGCGACCAGGCUAACUAAACGCGAACCCCUUCCCCACGCUGAGCGGCCUCGGAGAGCUGACCUCUCGACCUCCAUCACAAUACCCCGUCGCAAACCCCAUUUUCCCUUGUCUCUCUCCCCCCUGGUCCAGCAGCAUAAUAAUAAUAAUAAUCAUCCAAUCCGUCGUACAUCCUUCAUACCGUGUCGAAGGCCACCGGCUCCAGCGCUCAAAAUGUCGGUCAAAUUCGAGAAGGAAACAGUCAAGACCGCGACCAAGGUCGGCGAGGAACUCGCUCACAAGGUCGGGGAAAAAUUGACCGGAGGAAAGACGCAGAAUGGAUACCUGGCUGCGUACCUUAAGCAGCUCCAAUCGAACCCGCUCCGGACCAAAAUGAUCACCUCGGGGUCGCUCUUUGCCCUGCAGGAGAUCCUUGCUUCGUGGAUCGCGCACGAUCGCAGCAAGCAUGGCCAUUACUUCAAUUCCAGGAUACCAAAGAUGUCGAUUUACGGCGCUUUCAUCAGCGCUCCGCUUGGCCAUUUCUUGAUCGGUAUCCUGCAGAGGGUCUUUGCCGGCCGCACCAGUCUCAAGGCCAAGAUCCUACAGAUUCUGGCUAGCAACCUCAUUAUCUCGCCCAUCCAGAACGUCAUCUAUCUGGCCUCGAUGGCUAUCAUCGCUGGCGCUCGCACCUUCCACCAGGUCCGGGCUACUGUGAAGUCUGGAUUCUUCCGUGUGAUGAAGGUCAGCUGGGUUGUUUCGCCACUGUCGCUGGCAUUCGCCCAGAAGUUCCUCCCAGAGCAGACCUGGGUGCCGUUCUUCAACAUUGUUGGCUUCAUCAUCGGCACCUACAUCAAUGCCCAUACCAAGAAGAAGCGGCUCGAGGCAUUGAGACGCAAGCAAUACGGCUCUGGCAAGAGCUCCACCGGGCGCCCAGAAGACUACCCACCAAGACCGAAUUACUAGAUCGCCUUUUUCCUGCGUUACUUUUAAUGAUAUCCGUCGCGUCAUGGGUUCUCGAAGGAUAUUCUUUUGGAACUGGACAUACCCCCGAACGUUGCAUGUCGUCCCAUAAAUGCGCUCCUAUGGUUAUCAUUAUCCCCACGACGCCCUGGGAAAAGGCUCUCCAAGCUUACCUCUUUUACCCAGACUCCUUAAUCUCCACCCCUCCCCGUCAAGAUGAUUCCUGCGUCACGUCUGUUAUGCGAAGAAAGUUUUUACGAUGUCAUAUAUUUUUUUUUGUUCCCAAACCCCUUCCCACAAUUUCCCUCGAAUCCCAAAUCUUUGUUGCUAUGACGGCUGCUGGUUUGGGGCGGGGGAUUGAGUCUUUUCUGCUAUUUCACGUAAUCUGGUUUAUGUCCCAUUUUCUACAUGUCAAGUUACUCCCCCACCCUACCUCUAUGUAUGUCUAUCUAUAACUACUCCAUGAAUGGUCCAGGCUAGUUUUUCUGUUUCUUCCAUCACGCUUUAUUUCCAAAAGGAAUGCCUUUUCUUGCUUUGGGCCUCGUGCACCCGUCUACUGUCAUACUCCUUGUGGGAACAUUGAAGCGUUGCAACGUAGACAGCCCGGCAAACUAGGUGCCCACCACAGAAAUAGAGCCAGGUGGCAUUGAAAGGUGUGUUAGCUGGGAACUUUGUGGUCAUCGUUAGA